AUGGGCCUGUUUUAUAGUGAACUCAGGAUGAAUAAAAAAAUUGUUCGACAAAUAUUAUUGGUGUUAUGUUUAUUUUUGAGUUAUAAUGGAGUACAAGGAAGAAAAAAGUUAUCCAAAUCGGAAGACAUGGAGUUAGAGAAACAACUAAAACUUUUGAAUAAACCACCAAUCAAAACAGUCAAGACUAAAUUUGGAGAAUCAUACGAUUGUGUGGAUUUCUACAAACAACAUGCGUUUGAUCACCCAUUGUUGAAGAAUCAUAAUUUUCAUCCUCAGAUGAAACCAACUUUUGCUGAGAUAAAACAAAAUUCAUAUGGCUCGACAACUAAUAAAUUACCGACAAUAUGGUCAAAAGAUGGAGGUUGUCCUUCUGGAACUGUUCCCAUCAAGAGAAUUACAAAGGAUGAUCUUAUAAGACAAAGAAAUAUGCCACCAGCAGAACCUGCCAACGAAUUUAGCAAUAACGAUAUUGAGCAAAAGGGAAGCUACAGCUACCAAUUUAAUGGAUAUAAGCGCGCAAUAGCUAUACCACAGUACGAUCCAAAUGUUACAAAGUUUUCAGGAGCUGGAAUGGCAACUAGUUUGUACAAUCCUCAUGUUGAAGGUCAACAACAUAGCGGUUGUCGAAUUAAAAUUCAACAUGGAUCGGAUAUCUUACAAGUUGGUUGGAGAGUUGAUCCAACAUUAUAUGGGGAUAAUAAUACUAGACUUUACCUACAUUACCAGACAGGUAAAACUCGCUGUUUCAAUACAUUAUGUCCCGGCUUUGUGUCUGUACAUACCGACAUACCUCUUGAUAUGUCAUUUGAGGACAAUCUUUCACAACGUGGAGGGAGCCCAAAGGAGAUUAAUUUGUACAUUUAUAGGGAUACAGGCAAUGGAAAUUGGUGGCUUCUACUUGGACCAGACUAUACACAAGUUGGGUUUUGGCCACAUAAUAUAUUAAAUGAAUUGAAAGGUUUUGCUACUAAUGUUGAAUGGGGAGGAGUUACGUAUAAUCCACCAGGUCUACCAGAACCUCCGAUGGGCUCGAGCUUUUUUCCUAUCGGAAAUAGUAGUCUUGAUGCGUAUUGUAGGAGUAUUACGGUUGCAAAUGAGGUCGGAGAUUCGGUUGGAAUAUAUAAUGUAGUCGUGCUUACUGAAAAUAAAUUUGCUUACGAUAUUCAAUUCAAAGGACUUACGGAAGGGUCAAACACUAUUACUUAUGUUUUUUAUGGUGGGCCUGGUAUUAGUAAUUCAUGA